CUGAAUUACUGGGAGUGAUUAACUCCUGAGUACAUGACAAGUAUAUAAGAGGCACACACAGGUGCUUAUGAACUUACAAUACACUCAAUAAGGUCUACUACAUCAUCACAUAUUGUGAGCUCUAAUCAGCAGAAUAAUGAAGACGUUGCUGGUGGUCUUUGCUCUAGUUCUGGUGUUGAACUAUGGAUAUGCACUGAAAUGCAACCACUGUGUUCCUAAUGGUGGAACGCGCUGCACACUAACUCAAGAGACCUGUGGCUUUGGAAAAGACGCCUGUAUAGCGGCCAGAUUCAACUUCCCUCCUUUCAUGGGCUUUCGGAGGUGCAGCAGUAUGACAGAGUGUCUCCUUCUCCAGAGAAACACCGCCAUGAAAGUGAAAUGCUGCCAGUCGGAUCUCUGCAAUAACGUCAUCAUUUAGACUGACUUCUGUCAACUCACAACAUAACACUGCUCAUAAACCUUUCAUGUUUUAUAUUUCAUGUCAAUAAUACAGAUGUUUAAAGAUGCCUCACCAUCUCUUUUACUUGUAAUUGUAUUGUCCAACAAUAAAAAUGAUUCAUAAUAUGA